AAUAGCGCACCAAUACAGCAUCUCCCAUAUCAACUGCCUGCCGCAAUAUCCCGAUCGUGUCCGAAACAUCGCUAAGACUCACAAAAUGGCCUCGAGCGACAACGCUUCAUCCAAGGGCAAGAGCACCGACCCCAUUCUCAAUGGCGGCGGUGGCUUCCGCCCCCAGGUCCCCAUGACAGUAGAACCCCCGAAGCCUGAAGAUCUCCAGAAGAGCUAUGCCAGCAUCGUUGGAGACGAAAAUGCUGGCGCUCAUGGCUGGUAUGGCUCAAUGAUUAAUGCACUCGGGGCUGUCGUUGGAACCUGCGGUGCCGUCCCCUGCUGCAUCUGCUGCCCGAACCCCUUCAAGAAAGUCAGCCAAGGAAACGUUGGAUUGGUGACGAAGUUCGGCAAGUUCUACAGGGCCGUGGAUCCAGGCCUCGUCAAAAUCAAUCCCCUCAGCGAGAAAAUGAUACAGGUCGACGUCAAGAUCCAGAUUGUCGAGGUUCCCAAGCAGGUCUGCAUGACCAAGGACAACGUCAACAUCAAUCUCACGUCCGUCAUCUACUACCACAUCAUCUCUCCUCAUAAGGCCGCCUUCGGUAUCACCAACGUCCGACAGGCUCUGAUCGAGCGGACGCAAACUACUCUUCGUCACGUCAUCGGCGCGCGCGUUCUGCAGGACGUCAUUGAACGCCGCGAGGAAGUCGCACGUAGCAUUGGCGAGAUAAUCGAACCCGUCGCGGCUGGCUGGGGCGUAGCCGUCGAGAGCAUGCUCAUCAAGGACAUCAUUUUCAGCACGGAACUGCAGGAGUCGCUGUCCAUGGCGGCGCAGAGCAAGCGUAUCGGAGAGAGCAAGGUUAUCGCUGCAAGGGCCGAGGUCGAGGCUGCCAAGCUGAUGCGGCAGGCCGCAGACAUCCUGUCGUCGGCGCCGGCCAUGCAGAUCCGAUAUCUCGAGGCGAUGCAGGCCAUGGCCAAGACGGCCAACAGCAAGGUCAUCUUCCUGCCGGCCGCCAACCAGACCAUGCCGUCGGCAUCGCAAUUCGAUGCGGCGCUGGCCCACCCCGAAGCCGAAGGUAGCAACAGCAGUAAGAAUGUUUUUGGCGACUUUAACGGGGCGGACUCGGGCUUCCAGCAGGCCAUCAACGCUCAUGUCAUUGAGAACAUCUGAUUCUGUCCUUCCAUGACGUGAGACGUAGGCGCCGCCAAGGAAGCUGACACGACGCAAAUUUCACCUAUCAACGACUAAUUUCUGGAGAGUUGUUUUCUACUCCUAACCAACACAACACUAAUAACCCGCCCGCUUUACCAAAUGUUUUUGGUUGCAUUGAAUCUGAAAACUUGAAGUAUGUACAUUAUGGUUACGAUCAGGACUACCCCACCCUUCAACGCAAGAGUGAAGGGGGGAUGGAAUGGGAUGAAAUGGAAAGGAGGGAAACCUUGGGAUCGAAACAAAACAAAGGGGGCCUAGGUUUCGGACGAAGGAUGAUCGAUA